AUGCCCAUACAGCCAGUCUCUGCGAACACAACAUUUGUGCGUCCAUCCACAUUUUAUAUUAAUGGAUUUUCCAACGUCCCACAUGCAAAGUAUUAUUAUAUAUUUCUCUGCCUUGUCUACACCACAACGGUCUUUGGGAACUCCUUUAUAAUGUGUACUAUAUGCCUGGCCCGUACUCUUCACACAGCGAAGUACAUUGCUGUGUUUAACUUGGCUGUGACUGAUUUGGGCGGAAGUACUGCUCUGAUUCCAAAGCUCAUAGAAACAUUUUUGUUUGAACACCAGUACAUAUCUUAUGAAGCUUGCUUGGCCAACAUGUUUUUUGUUUUCUUUUUCAUGACUCUGCAGUCUCUCACUCUGCUUCUUUUGGCUUAUGACAGAGUGGUUGCAAUUUGUUUUCCUCUCAGAUACCAUGCAACCGUCACUAAAACAGCAAUGGCUUCAAUCGUUGGAUGUAUGUGGGUGUUUUCAACAGCUCUAGUUGCUUCCACUGUAGCACUGAUUACCAGACUCUCUUUUUGUCGAUCUACUGUGAUCAAUGGCUACUUCUGUGACCAUGGCCCAAUUUAUAAACUGGCCUGUAAUGACUAUUCUCUGAAUGACAUCAUGGGCUUUGUCUGCACUGCCAGCAUCCUUUGCAUUCCGUUUAUAUUAAUAACUAUUUCAUAUGCUUGCAUAGCUGUUGCACUGCUGAGAAUCGCUCAGGGCACGGCACGGAUCAAAGCCAUGAAAACAUGUACAUCCCAUCUCAUUUUAGUUGCUGUUUUCUAUCUGCCAAUCUUUAGCAUAUAUGCAGCAGCAUGGGCAGGGGCUACUAAUGCUAAUGCCAGGAUAAUCAGUUACUCUCUUACGCAAACAAUACCAUCCAUGCUAAACCCUUUCAUUUACACGAUUAAUACAGAAGAGGUCAGGCAGUCUAUGAGAGGGCUCUACAAACGAGCCAUGGUAAAUAACACAACAGAGAAAAACACAAUGAGAACAGAGGCAAGAUAG